CCGUCUGUUUUGUACUUCUUCGUUAGUCUCAAAGGGUUUUUAGUCAAAAACAUCCCUCUCCACUCAUUAGUUGACUGAAGACAAAAGAAAAAAAACAAAGAUCCGAUCGGUACGGUUACCUCAGUUUCUUCGCCGCCGCCAUGGAAACUCUUUCUCAGGCGAUCACCUCCACCCUCUCGAUUCCUCACAGUAACAACAGCUCCGCUCUCGUCAGGUCUCACGGUCUCAGCUCGUUACUCCUCCUCCGGAAACCGAGAUCUCCGGCGAAUCUCUCGCUGAUCUCUUCUCGCAGCUCUCUCACUCGAGCUUCCGCGGUUGAACACGGCAGCAAAAGCUCGGCUUCUUCGAUCGAUCUCAGCGAUCCGGAUUGGAAAACAAAGUACGAGAGAGAGUUCGAGGAAAGAUUCAGCAUUCCUCACAUCACUGACGUCUUCCCUGAUGCUCAAGCCAUCCGUUCAACGUUUUGUCUCAAGAUGAGGUCUCCGACGGAAGAUUUUGUGGGAGGGUACCCAUCAGAUGAAGAAUGGCAUGGAUACAUUAAUAACAAUGAUAGAGUCCUUCUCAAGGUUAUUAGUUACUCUUCCCCAACUUCUGCUGGAGCUGAGUGCAUUGAUUCUGACUGUUCUUGGGUUCAGCAAUGGAUUCACCGUGCUGGGCCGAGGGAGAAGAUAUAUUUCAGACCGGAGCUAGUGAAGGCUGCCAUCAUCACUUGUGGUGGGCUUUGUCCUGGUCUCAACGAUGUCAUCAGACAUAUUGUUAUCACGCUUGAGAUAUAUGGUGUUAAGAACAUUGUUGGGAUACCUUUUGGUUAUAAAGGCUUCUCUGAUAAAGAUCUAACCGAAAUGCCGUUAUCAAGGAAAGUGGUACAGAACAUUCAUCUAUCUGGAGGAAGCUUGCUUGGAGUUUCACGUGGAGGUCCCAGUGUCAGCGAAAUUGUUGACAGCAUGGAGGAGAGAGGAAUCAACAUGCUUUUCGUGCUUGGUGGAAACGGGACUCAUGCUGGAGCCAAUGCUAUACACAAUGAGUGCCGCAAAAGAAAGAUGAAGGUAGCUGUUGUUGGUGUGCCUAAAACCAUUGACAAUGAUAUAUUGCACAUGGAUAAGACGUUUGGGUUUGAUACUGCUGUUGAAGAAGCACAACGCGCGAUAAACUCUGCCUACAUUGAGGCACAUAGUGCUUAUCAUGGCAUUGGCAUUGUAAAACUGAUGGGUCGUAACAGUGGUUUCAUUGCCAUGCAAGCCUCUUUAGCAAGCGGACAAGUCGACAUCUGUUUGAUUCCUGAGGUACCUUUCAAUCUUCAUGGACCUAAUGGUGUACUGAAGCACUUGAAGUACCUUAUCGAAACAAAAGGCUCCGCUGUGAUCUGUGUAGCAGAAGGAGCUGGACAGAAUCUCUUAGAGAAAACUAAUGCAAAAGAUGCAUCUGGUAACACAAUACUUGGUGAUUUCGGUGUGCACAUUCAACAAGAGACGAAAAAGUAUUUUAAAGAAGAAAGUAUGGCAGUAGAUGUCAAGUACAUUGAUCCAACAUACAUGAUUCGAGCCGUCCGUGCAAAUGCCUCAGAUGGUAUCCUCUGCACCGUUCUUGGACAAAACGCUGUUCAUGGUGCAUUUGCUGGAUACAGUGGAAUCACAGUAGGCAUAAUCAACACUCAUUACGCGUAUUUGCCAAUCCCUGAAGUAAUUGCGUACCCAAAGUCAGUCGAUCCCAAUAGCCGAAUGUGGCAUCGUUGCUUGACAUCAACGGGUCAACCAGAUUUCAUCUAAAGAAGGUUUAUUAUUAUUAUUAUUCACUCUGAAACGUAUCAAAUAAAAGAAAGCCUCGAAAUAUGUAUAUACAUCAUUCUUGGUUCCUCAUCAUUAUAGUUCUAAAAAAAAUAAGAAACUGUAUUUCAUUACCGUGGACCACUUUUUGUUUGAUUCAGCUGUUCUUUGUCUCUUC